UCGACUACUUCCGGGGUUCUUCGUGUUUCCAACUUGUGCGGCUGGAGUGUGCUGGGGUUGCAUCUUCGAGAUAAAUAACCAUGUCUAUUGAAGUGGAAUCUGCAGACGUGGUCCGUCUGAUUAUGCAGUAUUUGAAGGAAAACAACCUGCAUCGGACCCUGGCCACGCUGCAGGAGGAGACCACGGUGUCUCUAAACACGGUGGACAGCAUCGAUAGCUUUGUGGCAGACAUCAACAGUGGCCACUGGGAUACUGUCCUGCAAGCCAUCCAGUCCCUCAAGCUGCCAGAUAAGACCCUGAUCGACCUUUAUGAACAGGUUGUCUUGGAGCUUAUCGAGCUGAGAGAGCUGGGAGCUGCCCGUUCGCUCCUUAGACAGACGGAUCCCAUGAUCAUGCUGAAACAGACGCAGCCAGAGAGAUACAUCCACCUGGAGAACCUGCUGGCUCGCUCCUACUUCGAUCCCAGAGAGGCUUACCCAGAUGGCAGCAGCAAAGAGAAGCGGCGAGCAGCCAUCGCUCAGGCCCUAGCAGGAGAAGUCAGCGUGGUGCCGCCCUCCCGUCUCAUGGCGCUGCUGGGACAAGUCAGUCACCUUAGAGCCUUCAGGGGCCUUGGAGAGCCUGUCACACGCAGAAAUUGUUUCUACUUUGCUGACGUUUCACAACUCUUUGUUUUCUUUCUUCAGUCUCUGAAGUGGCAGCAGCACCAGGGUCUCCUGCCCCCCGGUAUGACCAUCGACUUGUUCAGGGGUAAAGCGGCUGUGAAAGACGUGGAGGAGGAGCGCUUCCCCACUCAGUUGAGCAGGCACAUAAAGUUUGGACAGAAAUCUCACGUAGAGUGUUCUCGGUUCUCCCCCGACGGCCAGUAUCUCGUCACGGGCUCCGUGGACGGAUUCAUUGAAGUCUGGAACUUCACCACUGGGAAAAUCAGGAAGGAUCUGAAAUACCAGGCUCAGGAUAACUUCAUGAUGAUGGAUGACGCUGUGCUGUGCAUGUGCUUCAGCCGUGACACGGAGAUGUUGGCAACCGGAGCGCAGGAUGGAAAGAUUAAGGUGUGGAAGAUCCAGAGCGGUCAGUGUCUGAGGAGAUUUGAACGCGCCCACAGCAAAGGAGUAACAUGUGUGAGUUUCUGUAAAGACACCAGCCAGCUGCUCAGCGCCUCCUUCGAUCAGACCAUCAGAAUCCAUGGGCUGAAAUCGGGUAAGUCGCUAAAGGAGUUCCGUGGCCACGCCUCGUUCGUCAACGAAGCCACUUUCACCCCAGACGGGCAUCACAUCAUCAGCGCCUCCUCAGAUGGAACAGUCAAAGUGUGGAACGUGAAGACCACAGAGUGCACCAGCACUUUUAAGCCUCUUGGUACAUCGGCCGGCACAGACAUCACCGUCAACAACGUCCUGCUGCUGCCCAAGAACCCGGAGCACUUUGUGGUUUGUAACCGCUCCAAUACAGUGGUCAUCAUGAACAUGCAGGGACAGAUUGUGAGGAGUUUCAGCUCCGGUAAGAGAGAAGGCGGUGACUUUGUGUGCUGCACCCUGUCGCCCCGCGGCGAGUGGAUCUACUGCGUAGGUGAAGACUUUGUGCUCUACUGCUUCAGCACCGUCACAGGCAAACUGGAGAGAACGCUGACGGUCCACGAGAAGGACGUGAUCGGCAUCGCCCACCACCCCCACCAGAACCUGAUCGCCACUUACAGCGAGGACGGGCUACUGAAACUCUGGAGACCUUGAAGCAUCCUCAAGAGAGGAACCUGGACAUUUCUUCCCAUUUUUAUUCUUUUUUUUUUUCUUUUUUUUCUUUUUUUUUUUUGGUCAUUUUUCUGCUCUGGUGAAUUCUUUCCCAGGUUCAAAUGGACUUCUAAUGCUUAGAUGUACAGGAGGACCAUCAGUCUUUCACACUCAGAGUAACACAGAAGUAGGUGAUUAAAACAGAGUGUACAGUUUUUUUUAAGUUGUUUUUUGUAUCAUUAAAAUUUGACAGCUUAUGGCAUUUUAACGUAGUCUGUGGGACUUUUGUUCGUUAUUAGACAAGGACAUGUUUCAAAGUCGGUGCCUCAUUUGAAUAACAUCUACCAAUAAAAUAUGUAACGAAAUGCGGGUUAUAAAUCUGUCUGCAAAGCUACUGAAAUAAUGCAGAAAGUAGAAAAUUAGUCAUUAGUGAAACCAACCAGAGUUCAAACAAAAGCUCCUGAUUUUUCAUUUUCACUCACUGGUAAAAAGAAAACCUGCCUGACCUUUAAAGAUCUUGGAUGGAUUUAUUUUGGGUCCGUCAGAAAAAUGGACAAGUUUUGUUUUCAGAAUCUCACGUUUGUAAUUUAAUUUCAAUGAAACUAUUUGGUCUUUUCAUUUUUAUUCUUCAGAUGACUUCGGCCCUCUUUUUCUUUUUCUAUCACAGAUGUUGUGUAACAGCUGGACAGGAACUCCUCACAUUAAAACAAAGUUUUGAUCGCUUCA